AUGGCUGCAGCUAUCGGUGCUAUUUCUGGAACUACAUAUAAAACAACUGAAACAGAAACUAGAAUCAGCAAUAAUAGUAAGAGAGGAUGUACACUUCGUUUAUCUCAUUCCGAAUUAACAGGGUCUGGUAAAUCAUAUCUAACAUGUCGACAAAUUAAUAAAAUUAAUAAAGCUAAACUGAACAACACUGGUUGUGAUAUCAAAUUAUCUAAAACUCAAGUAGUCAAAAAUGGUGGAUUUAUUGGUGCUUUAUUAGCUGGUAUUUUACCUGCUGUUAUUAGUGGAAUAGCUGGGAGAGGGGUAACAUUACCUGGAACUAUCUCUAAAAAAAUAAAGGAUUAUAAAAAAUAA